GAGACGUCUUAUGAGAAACUCAAGCAAGAGCAACUCACAGCAAGCUCGAGCAUGUACAGGCCAUUCAGUGACCAUGAAGAAUGGAAACUUGCUCAGUGGCUCUUCAAGAACUGCAGCCAGUCAGCUGUUGAUCGUCUGUUGAAGAUGGAUAUUGUAAGCCUUCUAUUUCAUACAGCUAGCCAUGAGCUUACUCAAAGACUGGUCUUCAUCAACAUGGAAAACCUGAAGGACAGAUUCAACAAGCUCCCCACACGGCCAGUCUGGGACUGCUUCAAUGUUGAGUGCAGUUGUAACUAUCAUGCAUUAACAAGUGAACCCUUGACAGAAGACAAAACGGAGAUACUUGAGCUAUGGAUGUGUGACUCUCUCGAAGCUGUAUGCGACUUGAUGGGCAAUCCAGAGUUUCAUGACCACAUGGCCUAUGCACCUGAAUGCGUAUAUGAUGACAAGAUGGGCGAGAAGCGGCAUGUUGAUGAAAUG